AUGGCAGCACGGCCUUCGCGGGGCGCCUCUCUUCUGAGGACGUCUCGAAUGUUUUCUGUGCCCAAGCCUCUUAAGAUUCCCGACUCCGGACUAGGACUGCACAAUCACUCUGCCAGCGCGACAACCCCUUUUCCCCUUCACCUUUCGGUCACAACACCGGACACCUCAAAGAACAACGGGGAUUGGGGCUUCAAGAGGCCUCUUCCACUUCGACAAACUACCAAGUCGUCAACUCCCGUUGUUCGUGUGAAACAGGUAGACUCGAUCGAGGCCAUAACGGAUUAUGCCUCGGCAUCAGAUCACAGCCUCACUUUGGACAAAUUCCACGAGAUGAAUGUGGCUAUCUCAGCCCCCGUUCUCAGGUACGAGAAGCACAAAGAAGGCAAAAUAUCGGUGUUUGAGGAUUCCAGCGAUAAAACCACCAUGGACCAUUCUCUGGAUGGUGCACCAAAUUCGAGGAAAUGGAAAUUCGCUGGUCCUUGGCUCGCGAGUAUGUCCGAGGAGCAAUUUUCGAGCUACAUAGAUAAGAGAGUGAGAUCUCGGAGGUUGGAAUUCCGCGAUUUCUUACGCCAGCGCCGAGCCGACGAUUUGUCACGGAUGGCCUCACAAGCAGCUCUCGAUUCCGGGGUGACCCCCAUCUCGGGCCACAACCUCGGAUGUCCGGAAGGCCCUAAACUAGGCAUUGGAGGUUUCGUUACCAAUGUGCCUCCUGGAACUACGUCCUUCUUCCAUAGGUUCCGAGAUUAUGAUGCCCGCAGCAAAGUCCAAGGACUUUCUGUCUUCGAUCCAUCAGUUAUCGGUGGUGCAUCCGUGUACCUGAUCCCGCAAGCGGCGCGAGUGCUUUGGAAUGGAAGUGUUGUCGUGAAAGUGGAUGAGGCGGCGGCUGAAACCCAACUUAUCAAAAGGGAGUUUACUGGGAGAGCAUCGAUUUACACCGAGAAACGUGGGGCGCCCGGUGUUGGCGACUCGUCAAACCGAAAGGACUACCGUGUCCAGCGCUCCCCAGAGUCUAAGCAGCCCACUAAACGGCCAUACUUUGGUGAUAAAAGCGUUUUAGGCAGCUCAAAAACGUAUGGUUUAAGGCACUGA